AUGCAUUCCAGAAGUUUCGAGACAUUUUCAGAUGACAAUGAUGAUGAUGACGAUGAUGAUGAUGUCAAUGAUGAUGAUGACGAUGAUGAUGAUGACGAUGAUGAUGAUGUCAAUGAUGAUGAUGAUGUCAAUGAUGAUGAUGACGAUGAUGAUGAUGAUGACGAUGAUGAUGUCAAUGAUGAUGAUGAUGAUGAUGUCAAUGAUGAUGAAGUCAAUGAUGAUGAAGUCAAUGAUGAUGAUGUUGAUGAUGAUGAUGACGAUGAUGAUGAUGUCAAUGAUGAUGAUAUCAAUGAUGAUGAUGACGAUGAUGACGAUGUCAAUGAUGAUGAUGUCAAUGAUGAUGAUAACGAUGAUGAUGAUGUCGAUGAUGAUGAUGUCAAUGAUGAUGAUGACAAUGAUGAUAACGAUGAUGAUGAUGUCGAUGAUGAUGAUGUCAAUGAUGAUGAUGACGGUGAUGAUGAUGUCAAUGAUGAUGAUGACCAUGAUGAUGAUGUCGAUGAUGAUGAUGUC